AUGAGACUUUACAGUCAUUUCGUGGCUUUCACUGAGGUAAGUACCUCCUUUUAAUUAUUUUACAAUAAUGAUCCCGUGUAUAGCAAGUCAGUUGAAAUCUCCCUAUUUUGAUUUUAUCCUUUCUAGAUUAGCGUUGUGAUCCUGGUUCUUAAGCUGAACAUUACGGUGAACAAUGGCGGUAAGUUCAGUUAUUGUUCCUGGACGCCAAACGUCAAGAAUGAUCGAUGCCGUGAUCUUAAAAUUGUCAGGGCCUUUAUACUGCUAAGUACCUUUAAUGCAUAAAAAAUCUUCUUAAGAGCAACUGAUGCAAAAAACAAGUUGAAUUCCGGAUAAAUAGAAAUCUGAUAUUUCUGUCAAUCCUUCGAUUUGCUUUUAGUGCUCAGCAAAAGUGUGCAAUUCAAGAGGCGAAUAGAACUCUGUAAACAAAACUAACGAUCAAACGAUCAAACAAAAAUGCAAUGUGAUGGUGUAGUUCUCUUUUACAAAAUGGGAAUUUGAUCUAAAAUGCUGACAUUUUCCGCACAUUUUUAACUUUCACAAUGACAGCAUACGACUUGAGUGAACCCCAUACAAAAAAAGAGCGAGAAAGGCAGAAAAAGGGACCAAUUUUCGUGAUAAAUAGAAACAAACUUUUUCUUGGGAAUAAAAAUAAUAUAGAAUGGUUACGAAAUAUUUCUGUCUGGACCUAAGUUGUUUCAACGAAAUUUUCUGGAACCCUGACAAACAUUUUUCAAAACAGAGUGAGAGUAAUUUUAGAAGACAUGGAAAUUGAGCGAAAACGAAUGCACUCUAAGUUGCUAACUCAGUGGUUUAUAUUACUGAUUAUUAGCCAUCAUUUAGUCUCUGCUAAAUAAUUUAUUUAUUUUAUUCAAAUAAUUAGGUAGUGAUUAAAAAAAUCACCAUGACUUAGUAAAAAAAGACACAUUUGUUCGGCUUCCCGCGCAUUUGUUUAUUUUUAUUUUAAUUUUGAAAAUUUUUGUAAAAUUCUAUUUUUUUUUGGCUCUGAAACAAAGCGUUAAGAAAACUAAAAGUUCGUUCACAGGGUGUCUGAGCGCUUUAAAAUUAUACUUGAUUCAUCACGGUAAUGAAGUAGAAAUCAUUUGACCAGUCUUUCUGUGCUUUUAGCGGGACUUUACCCAAAGAAUGGGAUAAAAAUGGGAAGCGAAACUCAAAUGCAUCUUUUUUUUCGAUAGUAGGUGAAGCUAUCACAAGUUUAAGUCAUUCCUUGGAGGCUAUAGCAAGGACUGUUUUACACUUAACCGAGAGAGCGGUUUCACACGACUUCACGUCCGCCAUAUUGUUGUCCUCAAACAAUAAAACGGCGGCCAUGUUGGUGUCCCAAGCCAAUCCUGUGGGAGUUAACUCUUUUUGUUCCGUAAAACUUUCUCUUAUUUCUAACAAGAAUUCGAAAUAAUGAUAUCGCAAUCGACGAUUUGUUUCUGGAUUGAUUUAGUACGCGUGCAAUUAGCGACGGCCGCAAAUACGUCUGCGGUCACAGGACAUACGUACAUACGUAUAUAUAUGUAUAAAUACACGAAAAUUCAAGGGCCUUGAUUUGAGAGAAAUUACAUCAUUGCCAGAGAUCAAAAACGUGAUGAACAUGGCGUGUCAUUUCAAUCAUCGUCGAAAAUAAACCGCAUGCUCAUCACAAGACUCAUUUACAUACAAUGAAAGUUUACAACCCUCACCAUCGAAGUUUUGCUAAUUAAGAUUCGUGGACCGACCCGUCUCGGAAAAGGUUUAAAUCACAUUGAUCUUUCCUAAGCUUUCUUCGCAAAACAUACGUGGCUUCGGUACGCAACGAUUCUUUUUCCCAGUUUCCACGGUCUCCGUUAGGAACGCCUGGAACUAAGGCCUCUCUUUUGUCUACUAGAUACGAAAAAAAAAAACCGCUUGUAGAUUAAGAGUCUCCCUGCUACGCAAGCGAGACUAAUAAAUUUGCAUUGAUGCUGGCCACGUGAGUGAAAACGCUCUAUUUUAGUGAGCCUGUUCCAGGUGUUCACAUAGUGGGAUGACGCAAAGAAAACAGAGCAGGAAAACACAACGAGGGGGUGGGGUUAGUGUGAGAGGUCUUCCACUAUUUUUUCCUCCGCUCUCCAUUUCAUUACACUCUCCACUAUCUGAACGCCUCCUGAAAAAGGCUAAUUUGAGGGGUGCUGAAUAAUCUUUCCAGCACCAUUAUCGAUACUCAUUACGUAAAUGACGCGAUUAGCUUUAAGGGGCGAUGUCACAAAGAUAUUGGAGUGUAAGGUCAAUUUGGAGCUGACGUCAUUACUUAGUGCCUUUAACCAUUCACAAAAUGCUCAUGUAAAGUUAUGACGAAGAUAGAGCGGUUUUCAUUUGAGUGUCGAAAAGUAAUUGGUUUUGCACUUUCUACACGAUGCGAUUGGCUUAAAAGAUUCGCGCCACCUUUUCAUCCAAUCAGAAGUAAAACCAAAGCCAAUUGUGACGCGCUCGCAUGCAUUUUCCCGCGCUUUGCGUCAGCCACAUGAAAUUACUUCGAGUUUUGAUUGGUUCAAUGUAUUGUCUGUGUCCUAUGUGAUUGGCCAGAGUAAUUACUUUGGUUUUGGUUUUACGACACUCAAACGAAAACCACUCUAUCAGGGAGUGCUAACCAGAAUUGGUAAACUCCAGCAAGUGGCCUAUUAUCAAUGCUGUACUCCUACUGGUUGAGCAACUACAAGGCUAUAUGCUAUAGCCCACUAGUAGCGCAAAGCGCCGGAUUAAAGGAUUAAGGAUUAUUACCUUUAACUACCUAAAGUUGUUUUGUCUCGAUGUUUUUUACCAACUAGUUGGAUUUUACUAAAACAAUUAUUGCUCUCGCCCUCAUGGCCUCUGAGUCAAUAGUCCAUUCGGCCCAUUGACUCAGAGCCCAUUGGGGCUCGAGGAAUAAUUGUUAACAACUACUUUGGUGAUUUUUACAGGCAUAGCAUUAAAACCUGAAAACGUUGGCUCAACUUCAUCCUUGCCAUCCACAGCAUCAGAAGAUAUAAAACAGUUUCAUUGUCUAAAUACAGUCUUAAAUAACAAAACUUGUCCAUCAAUUAUUUAUGACAGUUAAUUGAUGCAAAGAAACGUUUAACGUUUAAACAAGAUAAAAAAAAUAGUGUGACUUAAGAUAAAGUUUUCGCGAACAUGUUGCAAGUGUUUCUAACCCUAUGUAUUGUCACUGCAAUGUCAUUUAGCGGUAACAGUGGUCAGUCGGGGGGAACCUGAAGCACAGCUGAUCUGCCAAGGAGAUACAGUUAUACUUAUGUGUGCAAACUCGUUCCAAGCAAUUGUCGUCUACACUGCUUUAUACGGACGCGAAAAAGAAGCGGGACCAUGCCCUUUUCGCCAACAAUUAGUAAGCAACGAUACCAACGACAAGUCGUUAUGUCCCAUGAAGAAUGUUACACUAGAAAUUAUGGGAAUCUGUCACAAGAAGAAGCACUGUAGGAUGACGUUGAAUCAGACCCUUUUAGGAACGCACUGUCAGGGGAUUUACAAGUAUCUUACUGUUAUUUUCAAGUGUGGUGAGUAUCUCGUUUGAGGUUUCCGGUACACUGUGAGACUAUAUUCACACCAUACUGGACAGCUUUUCGUGCCGACAAGAAAAGUUGUCGGGUACAAUAUGCACUGCAACGGCACAGACUAAGAAAAGAACGGUUUUCCUCACUAUCAUUUUUUUGAAUAAAUCUGUUACAUUACUAUGAGGUUGGUCCUACACAACUGUACCUUUGACGUCUCUUUUAAGAAAAUUCUAAAACGGCUCAUAGACAUAUCCCUUAUAACGUCCAGAAACUCACUAACGAAACGCCAAAAACAUUUAGAAUUUAGAUACUUCGUAAAACGGUCGGUAACAUUGACAUCACUAGAAACGAACAUUAUCGUGGUAACGGUCUACAUAGGAAUAUUUGUAACAGAUUGAUACGAAAAACAGUUAGUACAGGUAAUAGCAUGAUUUGUAGUGAUAUUUGGCAUAAAUACCACGAGUGAUAUUUCAGAAUUGUCGUACGUUAUUUCACGAGCAGUUAGGCCAGUGAAAUUUGAGACAAUUUUGAAAUAUCACGAAUGGUAUUUAUGCCAAAUAUCACGUAAAAAUCAGGCCAUUAUUUGUUAAUACUACUAUUCAAUAAAUACUACUAUUCAAUUUAAAAUUGAGCUGAAAGACCACUGCUCUAACCCCAAACAAAUUGCAGAAAUUUCUCAUGUAGUAGUAUAACGUUCCUUACGUCUGAGUGCCGAAAUGGCGUAAAGGCUUUAAAAUGUUAUGAAUAAAGAUGUCACAAAAAUACAAAUACAAUUCAACAACGCAAAUGCAAAUUCGUCUACAGUUUUACAAGUCAACGAGACCGGUUUCCAAUUACAACCCACAACAGAACCCAUCACUGUUAAAACACGUGUUUUAUCAACGACUACCAUGGGAACACUGAGAAAAGGAGGAGAACGGCACAAUAAUAAAUUACAACCCACAACAGAACCCAUCACUGUUAAAACACGUGUUUUAUCAACGACUACCAUGGGAACACUGAGAAAAGGAGGAGAACGGCCAACAAGUGGCGACAAACUACAUUCCAAGGGCGUCUUCAUGGCGACGGCAGCUGUAAUAAAGCAGCAAAGAUCAGUGGUUGAGAUGGGUGUGGCAGGAUCACUAUACCUUUGUUUUUUUUUCAUUAAAGGUAAUGUUUUUCUAGCUAAGGAUGUUUACCUCUCUUUUUGAAAAUAUUUUAUUUCUUGGAUCUUUACAGUUUUGUUAUUGAAGUUGUUGGAAAGAGCGUGCCGUUAAAGAAAUUUUCAUAUUUAUAGUAAAAAUCUUGUCUUGGCAAGGUAAUUUAUGUAAUCAAUACAUAUAACAGAGACGAACAGGGGAUGUCUAGUACUCGAAGUUAACGUUUUAUCUACCAGUAAAAGCAUUCAUUUGAUUUGAACGGUUUCAUUUCCUGUAGAGAAAAAAUCCACAUUUGUGACAGUGUUUAUUCUGAGCGCUCUCGGGGCAGCCCUUACCAUGGUCGGAGUUGUGGUCUGCUUUGUAACUCUCCAGAAAAAGAAAGAGUUACUAAAGCUCGACAUCAUACACAAACCGAAACGAUUCAUAGUCCUGUCACAAGAAGCUAAAAGAGAGGACAGGGAACAAGGUGAAAAGGCUUUCACCGACCACGAUGGAACUUUGCUUCACAAAGUUGGUCCUGAGGUUGUAUUUUCGGCUCAAGAAGUUAGCGAUCAAGUGAAAAAGGAGUUUCACAUCGAAUUCGGCAGGUGAGCUAAAGCGUCGAGCGAGGUUUUUAAAGAAUGCCUUUUACAGUAUUAACACUGUUGGUUUAGAGGAAUACCUGUUUGCAAACAUUUUUUUGAGUGAUGUUAGUCUCGAGUAAUUUUACAAAAGCAACGCCACGUUUGCAGUCCAUAUAACUGAAAGAACACUGAUAAUUAUUGACGUUAUUAAUUCAACCCAGUUUUGAGGUAAAUUUGCUCUUUAAAGCUCCUUUAUCUUUUCCAUUCAAGAUUCUUUCGGUUGUGAUAAGUGAAACGUGCACGGAAUGUAAUAUUCACGAAUACAUCCUUGAUUGUGAGCUUCAAAUGCUUAUCGUUUGUGUCUUUCCAGGAAUGUUCAUUUAUUACGUUAAGCGUUCUUUACUGAUGAAAUUGGAAAAAAACGCAAGGUCGUAUUCUUCUAAAUCCCCGGUAAAUGCAACCAUCCAAGUUUAAAAAUGUCUAAAAAGCGCUGCAAGCGGCCUUCGUUUUGCACCAUUAAGUUUUCAUCGCAUUGACUACAAAAAGUAUUUUGUAGUUUUAAGAUUCCUCAUUCAUCUCCUAAGGAUUACAGUGGGCUAGAUCGAUAUUGAUUAGACAACUAGGAAGUUCUUCUAAAAGAAGUGAUCGAGUGAAAUUUGUAAUUUCAACAGAAACUUUGGUAUGGAAAAUGGAGCAGGUAAUAGAAAUAUCGAGGGAAGUAUUCGUGAGAACCCGAUGGAUAUAAUCAACGAAAAUCAGACGAGUCUCAGGUAUUUCAUCGAAGCCCGUUCGGCCAUGGGGCGAACGUUGGGGAAUCCUUGUCACUGUAAACCUAAAAGAAAGAAGGCUUACAGCACAGGUAACAUAUCUCGUAAUCAUCAAAGACAUCACCGCCCGGAAAUGAUGAACUAUUCCACAGAGAAGAUGCGACCUCCUCGACACCUCAGUGCUGAAAAUGUGUCUCAUCAAAAUCAUCGUGCAGGGUCAGACACUCCGUGCAGUCUAAGAAUCUUUGACGACAGUGGUCUGCAACUACCAAUGAACGAUAAUUUGUUUGCUUCUCUUACCUCAAAGGUAGAUAAGUAA